GAAGCGGAACAUCAAAGAAAAGAAAGAAAACAAGAAAGAAAGCGUUCGAAUUUUAAAAACAUAUCCAGAUAUCCUUACCUUACCUAUCAUGUACUCUCCACCAUCCCUCAUCUUCUUCCUCCUCCUCUCGUUUAUCCUCACCCGAGCCCUUGCGAUUCCUACACCAGCGCGCCAAGAUCCAAAUAACGAUGGACUUCUUUCGCUCUUGUCCCCCUUCAGUAUCCAGUGCGCUAUCUCUUGGUCGGAGAGUGAGUGCUAUAUGCGGUUUAGUGAGGAGUGCGAGUUAUGGGGCCGGUUGCCGUGGGAGGUGAGUUGUAGGGAGGAGGGGUGUGCGUGUGUGCGUGAUUAGGGAGGGUGGGUUUGAAGAAGGGGGAGGGGGGUAUAGGCGGAUUGAUGGAGAGGGGAAUGACUUUCGUUUGUACGCUCGCUCGUUGGUCCUGACGAGGUAUGAUGAAGGGAAUGCGCUUGGGCGUGGGGUAUUGGCACGGAUAG